UCAAGACAGCGGUUCACUGCAAGCUUCCUGGCCCUCGGAUCAACUGUUUUGAUCCGAUCUGGCCCUCUGACAAAGGAAGACUUUCUCACAGAGCCCGUUGGACAGAAUCUUCCGAGACGGACUCGCUCUGAAGUGUUUGAGGAGGUGUGAGCAGGUGAACAUUGCGCUCGAACUGACGCUGGAGUUUUGCGCUUGGACAAUGCUUGCAAUUAGUAGGGGAAUCCAUUUAUUAUCAUCGUUUCAGCCCGAAAAGAAAGUGUGCGUGGAUUUUUAACCGAGGAGCCUGCUGAAACAUCAUCACACCGCGUCGGUCAGCUCAUCUUCAAAGCCGUGGAGGAGCGCAGUGCCUUCGGGUGUUUGCGAAGUGCUUUAGCUCGCCAGCUCAGUUUUUUUUCUUUCUUCUUAAGUUCAAAAAAGUGCAACCAAACGCGCAGGACAGGGCUUAAAUGUUCGGGAUCCAGGAGCAUCUGAUGCGAGAAGUGAGCGGAUUAAAAGAGAGAAGUCUUGGAGAGGAGAUGGAUCCGGUUCGGUCGUGGGUGCGUAAUGUCGGGGUUGUGGACGCGAACGUAGCGGCGCAAAGUGGAGUUGCUUUGUCCAGAGCUCAUUUUGAGAAGCAGCCGCCCUCAAAUCUCCGAAAGUCCAACUUCUUCCACUUCGUCCUGGCGCUCUACGACAGACACGGGCAACCUGUGGAGGUGGAGAGGACUUCGUUUGUGGACUUUGUUGAACAUGACAAGGAGCAGACGGGAGAAAAGACCAACAACGGCACACACUACAAGCUACAGCUCCUCUACAGCAACGGGGUUCGCACAGAGCAGGAUCUUUACGCACGACUUAUUGACUCUGUCACAAAACAGCCAAUAGCAUAUGAAGGACAAAACAAAAAUCCAGAAAUGUGCAGAGUUCUGCUUACACACGAGGUUAUGUGCAGCCGCUGUUGUGAGAAGAAAAGUUGUGGCAACCGAAACGAGACGCCCUCUGACCCAGUCAUCAUUGACAGGUUUUUCUUGAAGUUUUUCCUGAAAUGUAACCAGAAUUGUCUGAAGACAGCGGGAAACCCGAGGGAUAUGAGGAGAUUUCAGGUGGUCCUGUCAAGCACUGUGAGUGUGGACGGCCACGUUCUAGCAGUGUCCGACAACAUGUUCGUCCACAACAACUCAAAACACGGUCGGAGGGCCCGCAGACUGGAGCCAGGCGAGUCCGUCGAGAAUUCUAUGGAAUAUGCCACCCCGUGUAUCAAAGCCAUCAGCCCCAGUGAGGGCUGGACCACCGGCGGGGCCAUGGUCAUCGUCAUCGGGGAGAACUUCUUUGACGGGCUGCAGGUGGUGUUUGGCAGCAUGCUCGUAUGGAGUGAGCUAAUUACGCCGCACGCUAUCCGUGUCCAGACACCUCCUCGACACAUCCCCGGGGUCGUGGAGGUCACACUGUCUUAUAAAUCCAAACAAUUUUGCAAGGGAGCACCGGGACGCUUCAUCUAUACAGCCCUGAAUGAGCCAACUAUAGACUACGGUUUCCAACGUCUUCAAAAGGUCAUUCCUCGACAUCCUGGUGACCCAGAGAAACUAGCCAAGGAGAUCCUCCUGAAGAGAGCGGCAGAUCUUGUGGAGGCCCUGUAUGGAAAUCCACACAGUAAUCAGGACAUGCUGCUGAAACGUGCGGCCGACAUCGCCGAGGCGCUCUACAGUGUCCCCCGUCCUCACAGUCAGCUGCAGGCCCUGCCCAGCUCGCCAGCCCACGGCAGUGUCAUGGGCCUGGGCUCCUAUCCUUCUCAGCUAGGCGUCAGCAUUGGGGACCAUGGACAGAGCAGCCAAGGUUACAUUCGAAAUUCCAGCAGCUUGUCUCCAAGGGGUUACCCAUCAGCCUCUACUCCUCAGCAGUCAGGUUACGGGGGCAGCGGAGGGAUGACUGGAGGCUAUGGGACAGUUCCCAUGACCAGUCUAGGAGUACCUGGCUCUCCUGGUUUCAGCAGCGCCUCCCCGACAGGCUCUCCCUACAUAAUGCCCUCCAGCCCGACUAUACCAGGAAGCUCCAGCUCUUCAUCGUCUCUCUUGCCUUUCUCCUCUUUCCCGUCUGCUGCUAAACAGAAGAGUGCUUUUGCUCCCGUCCUCAGGCCCCAGGGCUCUCCCUCCCCUGCCUGCCCCGCCUCAGGGGGGAACAGCUUCAGAGGUAGCCAUCCAAGUCACUAUCUGACCCCCCUGUCUGAACUCACGAAUGCAGUCUAACCUCUUGUACUAACUGCUCGAAAAGCUUUGACUGAACAAGACGGAAAAGAAGUUGCUGGAUGUACUAUAAUGCAAGACCUGAUUGAUUAGAAUCAUAGAUUUUGUAUAUUUUUUUCUCUCCAGCAAUGACGGGCCUGGUUGUUCCCCCGAUGUAGCAAAGCACCCACUCCAAUCUACCCCAGACCAAUGCUUCACUUAGCCCCUCUUUUGGCAUUAAGAGGGAAGGGCAAAAUGGAAAAUUGAUCACUAGCGACCAUGUAUAACUUUCCCUCCUGAGCCCCCCCACAACCGCCAUUUCGUAGUCCCUCUUUCAUCCAGGUGGAUGAACAGGACGGGGUACGGAAAUGUCCAAAGACCAGCCAUCUACUCCAGAGGCAGAGCACAUUACUUUAUCCACAACUACAGACGAACAAAACUUCUCUUUCUGUAGCAAAAAGCACCAGAAGGACCAUGUAUUGCUGUGUGUGUGCGCGCGUGUGUGUGUGUGUGUGAGUGAUGAAGCGUCUGCGUUUUGAAAGGAAAAAAAAGGAGAACUGAAGAUUCAAAAGCAUCUGUAUUUACCUCUGGCCUGCUAUCACAUGCAGUACGUGAUUCUUCCGACAACCUUUCCAGACCUAGGCCAGAGAGAGACGUACGGGACGCGUUGCGAGAGCGCGGACGGACUCUAAGAAGCUCUAAGAAGCAGGGUGCUAUUUGUCUGUGUGUGGACUUAAAUGGCAUGUGAGUGCACUGUCUGUGAGUUAGCGAGAAGUUUUUUGUAGUAGACUUUUUGAAGACAAUUUACAUUCCAGAAAAAUAGACCCUUUAUUUUUUUUCUGAUCUCUGCGGUUUUACAAGGAAGGACUCUUUGUCUCGAGGGUUAUUACUAAAGGAAUUCAUAUAUUGAUUUAUUUAAGAACAAGCAAUUUAACUUAUUAUAGGUAGUUUAGGGUAUAAUAUAAACGUGUUUUUAUAAAGUGGUCCUUUUCCAGCUGUUACUGAAAUAAGGUUAUCUCAACAAUUGCAAAUUAAUUUGCUAAAUGAUCAUAAGAAAUAUGAUGGAUAACAUAACAAUAACACACAAUUUGGAACAAAACAUUCCCAGUUUUCAGGUUCUUGCAUAACAAAAUCUUAAUAUUGUGCUGACAUCUGAAGGAGGUUAUUGUCCUGUAAAGGAAAAAUGUUAGUUAGCCUUAUCCUUUUUAAUUUCACUUAUAAUGCAUGCUUUGUCACACCAUUGCCCUGAUAUUAUUUCACUCAACAUUGCAAAUUUAUAUGACUAUAGCUUACAGAUUUUACAGUUUAAUUUUGAACCUCUCAACCCAGUUCAGGUCUCCAGUCACUAUGCAGUACAGUAAAUGAAAGCACAAACUGCUCAAUUGAAGAACAGGGCAUAUUAGGUGUUCAUUAACCCAUAUCAUGCUGUUCUCUGUACUCAUUGAUUUCUGUCAUCACAACACAAACUUCAUUCUCAGGAUGUGAAAACUAAGAACACAGAGUAGAUGACAUUUGCAAAUUUGUUUUUAGAGUUUGGUUAAUUUUAUUUAUUAAAAAAAAUUAUUAGCAAUUUAUUAUUAUGUUUUUUGAAGCCACCUUUUUUUGAAAUUGUACAAAAAAUGGUGCAAAUGUGACUUGUAUAUCUCAAGUCUCAAGGUGUAAUUAUAUUUUGUGCUCCAAAUAAAACAAAUA